CAAGCAUUGAAAAAUAAAAAAAAUGGAUGAGUUCUUGAAGAAGAGACUGAUAACAUUCUUGACAAUAUUAUGUUUGAUUGCUUGUUGCGGUAGCGUUCCGAAAGUUGAGGCGAGAGUUAGACGCUACAAAUGGGAGGUGAAGUACGAGAUGAAGUCCCCCGAUUGUUACAAGAAACUCGCAAUCACUAUCAACGGUAGAUCUCCUGGCCCGAGCAUCGUGGCUCGGGUAGGAGAUACAAUCAUUGUUGAGCUCAAAAACAGUUUGUUCACUGAAAAUGUGGCAAUCCAUUGGCAUGGGAUUAGACAGAUUGGUACACCUUGGAUGGAUGGAACAGAAGGGGUGACACAGUGCCCAAUUCUGCCUGCUGAUACGUUUGUCUACAAGUUUGUAGUGGACAGGCCAGGAACAUAUUUGUACCAUGCACAUUAUGGUAUGCAAAGAGAAGAUGGUCUAUAUGGGUCACUUCGAGUAUUGCUUAAUGAAGGAGAAUCAGAGCCAUUCCAAUACGACUAUGAUAGGAGUAUCAUCCUCAACGAUUGGUAUCACAAUAGCAGCAAACAACAAUCUUUUGGUCUCUCAUCAAUUCCUUUUGUCUGGGUUGGAGAGCCUCAGUCGAUCUUGAUUCAAGGGAGAGGAAAAUUCGAUUGUAGCACACCGGGCACGCCAACAGCACUAUGCAAUGCUUCCCAUCCCGAGUGUGCACCUUACGCUAUUACAGUUGUACCCGGAAAGACCUACCGCCUCCGGAUCGGCAGCUUGACGGCUCUCUCCGCGCUUAGCUUCGAAAUCGAAGGCCACAACAUGACCGUCGUGGAAGCCGAUGGCCACUACGUGGAGCCAUUCACCGUCAAAAACCUCUUCAUUUACUCAGGGGAGACCUACUCUGUCUUGGUCACUGCCGACCAGGAUCCUUCUAGAAACUACUGGAUGAGCGCCAAGAUCGUCAGCCGAAACAGCAACACCACCAACGGCCUCGCCAUCCUAAACUACUAUCCCAACCACCCGCGGAGGGACCCGCCCACCACCCCACCCGCUGGGCCCCACUGGGACGACAGACGUCCCAGACUGGCCCAGAGCGGCGCCAUCAGGGCGCGGCGCGGGUUCAUCCACCCGCCGCCUCAAAUAUCCGACCGCACCAUCGUGAUGCUGAACACGCAGAACAACGUGGGCGGGUACCGGCGGUGGUCCAUCAACAAUGUGUCCUUCAACAUGCCCCACACUCCUUACCUCAUCGCCUACAAGCACAACCUGCUCGACGCCUUCGACCAGCGCCCGUUGUCCGACGGCCACGACUUCACCACGUACAACAUCUCUGCGGUCCAAACGAACCCCAACGCCACCACAAGCAACGCGGCAUAUAGAUUGAAGUUCAACACGACGGUGGACGUCAUUCUGCAGAACGCCAACACAAUGAACCCGGAUAACAGCGAGACGCACCCGUGGCAUCUGCACGGGCAUGAUUUCUGGGUGUUGGGAUAUGGUGUGGGGAAGUUUGAUGCGACUAAGGAUGCUGGGAGUUUCAAUCUGGUGGACCCCAUCAUGAAAAACACGGUGGCCGUGCAUCCGUUCGGGUGGACGGCGUUGAGGUUCCGAGCGGAUAACCCUGGUGUGUGGGCAUUCCACUGUCAUAUAGAGUCACAUUUCUUCAUGGGUAUGGGAGUGGUUUUUGAAGAAGGGGUUGAGAGAGUGGGUGAAUUGCCAUCUUCUAUUAUGGGAUGUGGUCAUGCUAAAGGUUUUUACAAACCAUAAAAAUAAGUUAUGUAGAUAUAGGUUAGUUUAUCACCGAUUCAUUAUUUUUUUCAUGCUUCAAUUGGUAUUGUAAACUAGUACUCUCUCCGUCCGCUAUUAGAUGUCCCACUUUGGCUCGACGUGAAUUUUAAGAAAUAUAUUGAAAACUAGGUUGAAAAAGUUA